GAGUACGACGUGAACCAGGUGCUCUGGCAUUGUCUUCUCAGUUGGUACUGCGUACAAAACGAUGUCUGCCAGCUCUCCCAAGUGGCACACCACCUCAUCCUGCUGAGAGACGAGCUGCAGAAAGACAACUGGUUGGUUUGGGCUGUGUAUUGUAAUCUUGUUCUCCAACAGUCAAACUUUUCAUUAGUGCAACAUUAGUGUAGGCUACAUAACUCAUACAUUAGUUCAUACAUAUCUCAUGAUGUAUCAUUCUUCAUAAAUGGAUGAAUGUUUAUUUUAUACCAGUAUCAAGUCAUAAAGACUUGUGUAAUCAUCCAAAUCAAAGUGUUUUAUUCUAAAUCCUUUAAAUUAAUUAAUUUAUUAAAUCUAUUUUAAAUCCAGGGUGGACUGUGCUUUGGGAUUAAUGGUUCUGGGUGAGGCUGCAAAGUCCAGCUUGUUGUGCCUUCAGAUGUUGAUGAGUCUCCACAUCAACCCAAAGACAGAGCAGGAUGGGAUUAUAGAAGAAAACGUAAAGCUAUCAACUGCCAUACAUAUUAUGGGCUGGUUACCCAGACAAAGAUUAAGCCUAGUCCAAGACUAAAAGUCAUUUUAACUGGAGAUUCUCCAUUGAGCAUGCCUUUUUAGCCCAGGUCUAGGCUUAAUCUGGUUCUGGGAAAGCGGGCCCAUAUCCACACACUAAAUUAACUUCUCUCUCUCUCUCUCUUUUCAUUUCUUUCAUUCGCGCUAAAAGUAUGCCAUCCUCUUUUCCAGGAAGGUAUGUCUCAGAGUGGUUGCUGGCCAUGGCAGUUGGAACACAUCUAUACCACUGUGUUAGCAGACAUAUGCCAGCAUAGCAGCAAUGCAGAGAUACAGAAAACAGCUCUGCUGGGCAGUCAAACCCCUCCAGGAUAUCACAAUACUGAUGGACUGCUUAAACUUCUGAACCACUGUAAGUCCAGGAAGUGUGGAGACAGAUGGAGAUAGUGGGAAAAACACUGAAACAUGAGCAUUGUACAAAAAUACCCACAUCUUGGUUUUGGUUUGUGAGUGUAAUAGAUUUUUCGUCAUCUUCAGAUUUUAUGCCUAUAUGACUUAUUAGCCUAAACUUCCAUGACAUACAUUAUAGUUUCAUGCAAGAGUACAUACCAAUGAAACAGCUUGGGUUAGCCAUUAUCUUUACACUAAAAGUCUAAAGCAGUAAUUCCCUAUCCUGGUCUCCAGUUUGUCAGGGUUUUCACUGAGUGUGGUGUCAUCUGUUCAUUCGCUAGCUGGCGGCGAGGCCUGGCAGCUGCGCUACAGUGCUGUUCAGGCUUUGGUGUGCGUAUGCCGAGGGCUCAGCGGAGCUGUGUUACAGGAGGGGCUGAGGAAUGUGGCCUGGAUCACUCUGCAGGAACACCUGUGCCAAGAGACAGACCAGAGAGUCGCAGACGCCGCCAGGGUUAUAGAGGUACUGAGUUGUUUAUGAUAUCUCUAAGGUCCAGAUAUUUUCCUAGUCAGGUCACGUGGUCAGGAAAAACACUGGGCCUUAUUUAUCUCAAAUGUCAACUUAAUCUCAAAGAAAAUAGAUGUUUUUGACUUUUCAUGUACAACUGCUGUUUUGUCACAACUGCUUUUCCCUUUACAAAGCAUUGUUUAAAGCACAAAUAUAUCUGCUUACCAGGUUAGAGCUGAAUAACGUCAUUAGGAAAAUCCUGAAAGUCCCAAUUUGUCACAGUCUGUAGUAUGGAAGAUUCUGGAAACUAUUAUCAAUUACCUGUAUACUGAGAGGAUUCACUCUUAAAAUCCAAACAGAAUCAACAACUUGGCUUCUUAUUCACACAUUUAUUAUUAGGUGAAAUAUAAUUUGCAUCAGAAUAAUUUAAAACUGGUUCUUACUGCUGAUCGAUUUAUGGAUCCAAUUAAAGAUUAGCAUAUUUUAUCAUUACUGUGGUUUAUACCAUGGCAUUGUUGAAUACUCUGUCCAAGUUUUUGCUAAUUAAAGGCACAACUGCUAACAUGACUAACUUAUUGAUUAGAUUUUUAAAACAUAAGUUCAGGUACUGCAAUACAUAUGUGCUAUUUUAUUUGUUUCCUAGGCUGAAAUGAAUGUUCCAGAGAGCAGUUUUCUCAGUGAGGGAGGGAAGCCAUCAUCAUCUCAACUGAUCACCUGGAGGUUAGCAUGUACUCUCUCUCAGCUCUACCUGCCCCCCACGCCUCUCCAGCUCAUCCCCCACACCAAGGCCAAGAAGGAACCACCACCUCCCUCCAACAGGCCUAGGCUGGAAGCCUCUCCUCCAAGGCCUAAAGAAACACUCCCUGGCCCUGCCAGUAAGACACAGCAUCCAACCAGAGAUCAAGAGGAAUGUCACAGUGCCCAGGGGUAAGAGACCAUGGUCAAAUCUUUAGGCAUUGGUGUGAAAAAGGAAACAGAUUUAGGCGAAAUUGUUCUAUGUUAUGACUACAAUACUUUAUGUAACUAUGGAAAAUAAAUUAAAUGUAAUUUAACAUAAUAUUAUUACAUUUAUUCUAGAAAAAGUAAGACACAUCAAACUUACAUGGACUUCAAUGCACGGACAGAUAUUGACUUGAUGAGAGUUGUGGAGGACCAGGUGAGAGCAUUACAUUUAGGUAUACAUGAAAAGUGAUUCAAGCAAGGCAUUACAAACUUGAUAUAUGUGGAUUACAAUUAUGAAUGUCAAUUUGUAUUGAUAAUGUCCCUUGCAUUAAUAGAGAUGCCAAAAACAAAUCAUGGAGCAUCAAAAUUAGAAAUUAAUUUCCUCCUUUUCCAGUGUGUGUUAUGUGUUCCUUAUGGUGGCAUUGUGCCUGGGAAUAUACCCUGAUUGCUUUUUGAGGAUUUUCUCUUGCUAAAAGCAUAUUAGCCACCCCUUACUGUACAUACUGUAGUAUAUUAGCAGUGAUAGCUUAAUCAAAGUCAUUGUAAUUUCUGAUGGUGCUUGAAAAUAACUAUGGUUGGGAUGGAAAUUCAAGUAAAUUGUAUUUUCAUGUCACUACAGUGGCAAAAAGAACUACAGAUCAAAAUGGCAGAGGAGGAAAAUGCUGAAAAGGAUGAAUUAGAGAAAGUACAGAAGGAAAAAGAGGAACAAUUCAAAGAGAUUAUGAGGAGGCGGAUGGAAAAAGUCAAGAAGGACACCAAACCAUAUGAGCUGCCAGGAUGUAAACAAACGGGAGGUCAAAUCUGA